AAAGCCGUGGCAGCAAUACGAACGUAUUCGAUAUCGAUAUUGUUAAAUAAUUGAGGACGGUUGUGGUGAAAAGAACGUUUUUUUUUUAAAUCGAAUUGUCUAAAGAACAUAGACAAAUAAUCAUUGAAAUUAUAUUAAGAGAAUUAAAGAAAUUAAAAUGAAAUUAAUUUAUGUGUUUUUACUAGUGGCACUGGCGGCUUAUACCAAAGCACAAAUUUUACAGUGUUAUGUCUGCGAUGGUGAUGAUUGCAAUGAUAAGUCAACCAUGCGGCAGGAACGUUGUGGUCCAGAGGAAAUCACAACACCAGAGCCUGAACCAACAACGGAUCCAACAAGUGGAACUGAAACUACAGAAUCUGGUUCAGGUGAACCUGAAACAUCAACUGGAGCUGGCGAAUCAACGACGGGAGAACCUACAACAACAACUGUUGAUGCCCCGGGAACAACAACAGUAGACCCUGCAACAACAACUAUUGGACCAGAAACCACUACCGUUAAUGCUCCAGGCACAACAACUGUUGAUCCAGUAACAACAACUGGAGAACCUGCUACAACAACUGUUGAUCCUGCUACAACAACAGUUGAUCCUGCUACAACAACUGGAGGACCUGCUACAACAACUGCUGAUCCCGUAACAACAACUGGAGAACCUGCUACAACAACUGUUGAUCCUGCUACAACAACAGUUGAUCCUGCUACAACAACAGUUGAUCCUGCUACAACAACUGGAGGACCUGCUACAACAACUGCUGAUCCUGCUACAACAACUCUAGAACCUGCUACAACAACUGGAGGACCUGCUACAACAACUGCUGAUCCCGUAACAACAACUGGAGAACCUGCUACAACAACUGUUGAUCCUGCUACAACAACAGUUGAUCCUGCUACAACAACAGUUGAUCCUGCUACAACAACUGGAGGACCUGCUACAACAACUGUUGAUCCUGCUACAACAACUCUAGAACCUGCUACAACAACUGGAGGACCUGCUACAACAACUGCUGAUCCCGUAACAACAACUGGAGAACCUGCUACAACAACUUCUGAUCCCGUAAUAACAACCGAUGUUGCACCUCCACCAGCACCAGCACAAAAAUCGCUAUCUAAGCGUUCCAUUUCACCAUCAGCCAUAUUAAUUAAUAAUUAUCGCCUCAUUUCACGCAAUCGUCGAGAUACUGCUGACAGUUUAGGUUAUAGCUGUUUCUCUGUGGAAUAUAAAGACAAUGAUCAAACUAAAAUGAAGAAGGGUUGUGUGGCCAUACCAACUGAAAAAUCUGCCUGUGAUGUGGUUAAAGAAGAGGUCGGCGAUGACAUGAUUCCGGAUUCCUGCAAAGUCUGCAUGAAUAAUUUGUGUAAUUCCAGUUCCAUGCUGAAACUCUCCAUUGUAACAGUGUUCAUUGCCAUAUUUGUUAAAUUUCUAAUGUGAUUUUUGUAUUCGUUUACUAUUUUAUAAUAAUUAGUUUUAUAUUUAUAUGAAAAAUAAAUAAUUAAGUAUAACUAUCGAAACAUAAA